AUGUACACCAACCCCAAUUCGUCCCUCGCUGCUGUCUCGUGUUCUGGCGGCUCGAACGGUCUUUUGACCAAGGGGUAUACCACCUUCGGCUCCAUUCCUUCAUUCCCCAACAUCGGAGCCUCCAAUACACCUGCGUCCUACGGCGUCCAAACUACCAUCUUCAUCACUGCCGUCGAUGCUGCUUACACAUUCAACGUCUCCCCGCAGGCAUUCAAUGAGUUGAAUAAUGGCACCGGCUUUGAGUCUGGCAAAAUUGCUGCCGAAGCCAUUCAGGUCGCUGCGAGCAACUGUGGCAUGUAG